AUGGAGAAGUUGUGUCUUGCCCUAUAUUUUGCAGGGUGCAAGCUGCGCCAUUACAUGCUUGCCUUUACCACGGUUGUGAUCGCUCAAUCCGACCUGGUCAAAUACAUGCUCUCUCGCCCUAUCUUGCGGGGACGCAUCGACAAGUGGAUCUUAGCCAUGUCCGAAUUCUCGUUGCAAUAUACCCUAUACUUUGAUGGUUCACGAACUGAUACCGCAGCCGGAGCUGGGAUAGCCAUAGCUAAUCCCGCUGGAGAUCGCUUCUCUUACUCGUUCCAGCUCGAUUUCAAAUGCACCAACAACCAGGCUGAGUACGAGGCGCUGAUCAUCAGCCUAGAGAUUUUGUUGGAUUUAGGAGUCCGCGAGGUUCAGAUCUUUGACGAUUCUUUGUUGCUCGUUAACCAGCUGGUGGAAAAGUUUAAGUGCUUAAGCUCGUCAAUUGAGCCAUACCUGCGCAAGGCAUUUGAGGUGUUGGAUCGAUUUGACAACGUCUACAUCGAGCACAUACCACGCGAGUUCAAUUUCGCCGCCAAUGAGCUCGCCCAAGUAGCGUCCGGUCUCAGCCUGCGCGACGGCGUGCGCGAACGUUUGCUCAAAGUCGAACGCCGUACGCUUCCCUCUUUCAUCGCUAGGGGGCAAUUUCAGGCCGACACCCCCGAAGUUGCGGCUUUGGACCCUAUCGACGAGGAUUGGCGGCUACCAUUUAUCGCCUACCUCCAGAACCCCAAUGACGUCGCUCACUCCAGGAAAAUACGUUUCCUCACCUUAAACUUUGUUUUACGCAAUGGCGAACUCCGGCUGCGUGGGGAAGACGGAAAUGAUUUCCGCUGCGUGUAUGGGAACGAAGCUAAACGUAUCCUGCGUGAAGUCCAUUGUGGGGUUUGCGGCUCGCACCAAGCUGGGCCAAAAAUGCGAUGGUUGAUCCGUCGUCAUGGGUACUACUGGCCAACCAUUCUGAAAGACUGUAUUGCCUUCGCCAGAGGUUGCCAAGACUGCCAGGCUCACGGACCAGUGCAACACAUUCCCAACAUCCCGUUACAACCUAUCAUUAAACCUUGGCCGGGUCGCGGUUGGGCGAUAGAUUUCGUUGGCAUCAUUCAUCCCCAUUCUUCUGAGCAGCAUAAGUUCAUUAUCAUCGCCACCGAUUUCUUUACCAAAUGGGUCGAGACCGAACCACUCAAGGUUGCCUCCGCCAACUCGGUUCGCAACUUUAUUUUCCGUAAUAUCAUCUCCCGCUUUGGUAUCCCGGAGUGCAUCGUUACGGACAGGGGGGCAGCUUUCAUGGCUGAUUCAGUUGUUAAGUACUUAAACGACUACGGAAUCAAGCUUCUCCACUCUACGCCAUAUUAUGCACAGUCCAACGGCUAG